GAGGAAUCUUACACAUUCAUACACUCUCUUUUCUUAUCCAUUUUUCUUGGUUGGACAAGCCAAGAAUGUUGCAUCUCCUGCUUCCAUUGCUGCUGUUGAUCUCCAACGUUGGAGGAUCACGGGCAGCCAUCAUCGAGAGCCUCCCGGGUUUCCCCGGAGAUCUUCCCUUCAAACUCGAAACAGGAUAUGUAGGGGUAGGAGAGUUGGAGGAAGUGCAGCUAUUUUACUACUUCAUCGAGUCCGAGAGGAGCCCCAAGGACGACCCUUUGUUGCUUUGGCUCACCGGCGGCCCCGGUUGCUCCGCUCUGUCCGGCCUCCUCUUCGAAAUAGGUCCAUUACAGUUUGAUUAUUCGAAUUCAAGCGGAAACAGACCAGUAUUAAAGUUAAAUUCCUAUUCCUGGACAAAGAUAGCCAACAUUAUUUUUUUGGAUGCACCCGUGGGUACGGGAUUUUCUUAUGCAACGACAUGGAGAGCAUAUAAUAGUACUGACACGUCCUCGGCAGCACAAUCGUAUGAGUUCUUAAGAAAGUGGCUUAUGGCUCAUCCCAAAUUCCUCACAAAUCCACUUUACAUCACUGGUGAUUCUUAUUCCGGUGUAAUUGUUCCCAUCAUCGUUAAAGAAGUAUACGAUGGAAAUGAAGCUGGACGGGAGCCGCCGAUGAAUCUCAAAGGCUAUGUGCUAGGCAAUCCAGUGACUUGUGAAGUAAAGGACAUCAGUGAAAGAAUUCCAUUCGGUCACAAGACGGCUCUCAUAUCGGAUGAACUUUAUGAGUCAACGAAAACGGAUUGCAAUGGAGAUUAUGUGAAUGUAGAUCCAACCAACGGAGCAUGUCUAACUGACCUUGAAAUGGUAUCCAGAUGCCUUGAGAAGAUAUAUGUGGCUCAUAUACUGGAACCGAUGUGUAGCAUCAUAUCUCCUAACCACACAAGACUAAAAUGGAGCAGAAGUGUAUUGGAAGAGAAUAUUAUCGACGUCGUAUCGGUGCCUCAACAAUCCAGGCCAUGGUGUCGGAGCUAUAACUAUUUGUACUCGUACAUUUGGGCCAAUGAUAGGAAUGUCCGAGAAGCCCUUCACAUACGAGAGGGCACAAAGCCAGAGUGGGAUAGAUGCAACUACUCUCUAUCUUACACAAAGGACGUUCUUAAUAGUGUAGUCUAUCAUAGAUACCUCUCUAAGACAUCCCUUCGUGCCCUGAUUUACAGUGGUGAUCAUGACUUGGCUAUCCCAUAUAUUGGUACACUAGAUUGGAUAAGAUCCCUCAAUUUGACUUUACUUGGUCCGUGGUCGCCUUGGUUCGUCGAAGCUCAAGUAGCCGGAUACUCUAUAUUAUAUUCAGAGAAUUAUAAGUACGAUUUGACAUUCACAACAAUCAAGGGAGGGGGGCACACAGCUCCGGAGUAUAAACCCAAACAAUGUCUUGCAAUGGUUGACAGAUGGUUCUCUUAUUACCCUCUCUAGCUCAUUUUAAUUGGUCGUUCGCUUAAUAAUACUCGAACCAAAAUCGAGAUUUGUCACCCAAUAAUAAUGUGAUUAUGUGUCCUGUUAGAUUGUCCUUCGUUUGUGAGGAGCCUUGGCUCGAGAAAAUAUUACGAGCAACUGUUGUGCCA